AUGGAUUGUGCAGCUGCUUGCUGCACAAUCGUCACUCCCCCCGAAUUCGUAAAUCUCUUUUGCACGCAACAGAUUCCUGGUUUUGCUGCAAAAUUGGAGGAUCUCGCCGUGAACUCUUGCUCCCAUGGAAAGUUGAGAGGAUAUCCUCAGUGGGUAUCCUUCAAGAUCACAAACCUGGGACGAGACACCUUAGAAGUGAAAAACUCCUUCUUAUCAUAUGGAAAGUGGUAUAAGUACCCAAAUAAGAACAAUGAUGGCAGCGCACCAGGUGGGAUAACCAUUGCUGCUGGAGCAACCUCUCCCAACCCGCCAUUUGCUGCAUGUGGAAGGCAAGGUUCUCCAUCUGGGACUACAGGUGGAUUUGACAUCUAUACGAAGGGCUUCAAAGUUGCCACUAUACACUUUGAUUGUCCAUACACUGGCAGUAAUAAGCUGUCUGUCAGCGAUGAGUGCAAGAAUUGUGUUGUGCAGCUUCCGUCCUUUUCUACUUCCGGUGCGCUGGGAGACCUUGUACUCAAAGUGGUGGUACUAGUUUAA